UGAUAAUCUCCUCCAAAUGCUUGUACAAUCAUAACAUCGUUAGGCUGUGAAUUUUUAGUCAACAAUUGAAAUGGAUUUUCCUGAAAACCCUCAACACCAAAACCCACCACAUACCCUUCGAAAUCAUCCAUUGAUCUCGAAACUCAAACUACUUACAUUUUGGGCGUCAGCUGUUUUGAUUCUCCUUCUGGCCAUCUCCUUGAGCUUUACCAAAACAAGUUAUUUCAAGCUCCAAUAUUUGAAAUCAAGCCUCUCAUCACGCCCUCUGAACCCCACCCUCAUAAACGGAGUUCUAAGGUUUCUUCUCUCAACUGAUGGAGAUAAAAAAAUCCCAGCAGCUGAACCCAAUUCCAUGCCCACAUAUUGUGUUCUAUGGAUGGCACCUUUCCUUUCUGGAGGAGGGUAUAGUUCAGAAGCUUGGGCUUAUAUGAUGGCUCUGCAUGCAAACAUGAGAAACCCUAUACUUAGGUUAGCGAUUGAGCAACAUGGGGAUCUAGAAAGCCUGGAGUUCUGGGAAGGUUUGCCUAAAGAGAGCAAAGACUUGGCUUUUAAGCUUCACAGUACAGAAUGUAGGAUGAAUGAGACUAUUGUGAUUUGUCACAGUGAACCAGGGGCUUGGUAUCCCCCUUUAUUUGAGACAUUGCCUUGUCCACCCACUGGUUAUGAGGAACCUUUAUUCGUCAUUGGUCGGACCAUGUUUGAGACUGAUAGGAUCAACCCCAACCAUGUGAAGCGGUGUAACAGAAUGGAUGCUGUUUGGGUUCCUACUGACUUCCAUGUUUCUACAUUUGUUCAAAGUGGGAUUGACUCAUCCAAGGUCCUAAAGAUUGUUCAACCCGUGGAUGUGAAGUUCUUUGAUCCUUCAAAGUAUAAGCCAUUGUCUCUUGCCUCCAUAGAAAAACUGAUUUUAGGCUCAUUUUCUGGGAUCCCAAAUUCUCAUCAGAACAGAAAGUUUGUUUUCUUAAGUAUUUUCAAGUGGGAGUAUAGGAAAGGGUGGGACCUGCUGUUGAGAUCAUACCUGAAAGAAUUCUCUGGGAGGGAUAACGUAGCAUUAUAUCUUCUAACCAAUGCUUACCACUCUGAUAGAGACUUUGGGAAUAAGAUUGUAGAUUUUGUAGAACAUUCUGAAAUGAAAACGCCCAUUAAUGGGUGGCCAUUGGUUUACUUGAUUGACAACCACAUAGCUCAGAUGGAUCUUCCUAGAAUCUAUCGUGCAGCUGAUGUAUUUGUUCUCCCAUCAAGGGGAGAAGGAUGGGGUCGCCCCAUUGUAGAGGCCAUGGCAAUGUCUUUGCCGGUGAUUGCAACGAACUGGUCUGGUCCCACUGAGUAUUUAACAGAAGAAAACAGUUAUCCAUUGCCUGUGGAUGAAAUGAGUAAAGUAAUGGAAGGACCAUUUAAGGGUCACCUUUGGGCUGAACCUUCUGUUGAUAAGCUUAGAAUUCUGAUGAGGCAUGUGAUGAGUAAUCCUGAAGAAGGCAGAGAGAAAGGGGAGAAAGCUAGGGAGGACAUGAUGAGGAGAUUCUCUCCUGAGGUUGUUGCAGGCAUAGUUGUUGAUAAAAUAGAGAAGAUCUUAGCAAGAUAAACUAAUUUCAGUGGUUUAGCUGCAGUUGAGGCAUUUGUGAAGAAAGUGUUAUUUUGACUGGAGGUUUUCUGACAAGCCCAAGCACAAAA